AUGACGGAAGAACUCACCCGUAUCGACUCCGCCGUUGCCGGUCUCUCGAUAUCUUCCAAGGACGAGAAGGCGCAGACCAAGACCAAGACUGUAGAGAAAGAGAAGAAGCACAAGCGUGUCAGCUCAACGGCAGAGGGCGUGAGGAACAUCAAAGACCUAGAGAAGGAUCAAAUUCCGAUUGAGAUUGCCAUUGAAACGCAAAGGACUGGCUGGAAACUAAACACAUCACCCUCCACAAUAGAGGACAAGGAAAUCCUCAGCAAAUUCCUCGUCACUCCCCCCGUCAAAAAGAUCGAUCUCCACUUCCCCCUGGGCCUAGAAGUCACCGCCCGAAAUCUCAAAGGUGUCACCAUCAAAGAUGCCCUGGAUGCAAUACACAAACAAUACAAGAAGAAGGCUGACGACGAACUCGGCGAAAACCCAUAUCUCGCCGGCUUCGAAUGGGAUCCCGAAGAGUCCUGGACAAAACUGAUCGUUCACCAGAAGAAAUCCGGUGCUCCGUCUACCCCAAGCAAGAAGUCGAAGAAGAAGGAUAAGGAUGCAGCAGAGCAGUAA